AUGAGUGAUUUAAAUAUAUUUAUAACUUCUAAUUUAACUUCAUCAGAAAGAAGAAUAUCACCUCAAUGGAAUUUGAAAUAUUUAAAACAAAAAUUAGAAUCAAUCACUGGGAUUUCACCUCAAAAUCAAAUUUUACAUUAUUAUCCAAAUAAUUAUUCUAAUGAAUAUAAAUUGAUUCCCCCCAUUAAUGGUAGUACUACUACUGAUGAUGACGAUGAUGAUGAACAAAUUUUAUUAUCAUCAUUGAAUUUACAACUGUAUAGUCGAAUUCAUGUAAUAGAUUCUGAUCCUAAUAGUGAUGUCAAUAAAUUACAACAACAACACCAACAACACCAAGAAGAAGAAGAAGAAAAGUCGGAAAUCGAAGAAGGAGAUGUCGCUGGUUUUACAGAAUUUCAAUUACUGGAAGAAGAUUAUAAAACUCGUCAAAAUUCUGUUUUGAAUUGGAAAAAAAUCAAUAAAUUGGGUCGAUUUGAUCCUCAAUUUCAAUCAUUACAAGAAAAAUUACAUCAUGAAACAGAAAUGAAAUUGAAAACCAUGUCAAUUGGUUCACGAUGUCGAUUAAUUAAUAUUGAAAAUAAUGAAAGACGUGGUAUCAUUAGAUUUAUUGGCAAAAUUAUGCCAUUAGAUAAUGGAGAAAAUGAUUGGGUUGGAAUUGAAUUUGAUGAACCAGUUGGGAAAAAUAAUGGUAGUAUUGAUGGUGUGAAAAUAUUUGAAUGUAAACCAAAUCAUGGAAGUUUUGUUAGACCUAGAUUAGUUGAAGUUGGUGAUUUUCCUGAAUUAGAUCCAUUUGCUGAUGAUGAUGAUGAUGAUAAUGAUGAAGAUAUGGAUGACGAUGAAGAGUUGUAA